AAACCUGACAGCCAUCGCCGCAGCUGAGCUGAUAUCGGCUGCAGUUGAGGUGGCACUUUCUGGCCGCUGUGUUGGUUAGACCGGCUAAAAAAAACAACCUGCUGAAAUACCACUCCCACUCAGCCGUAGACGACACAGACCUCAACAUUAAGCCCUAAUCUAAGGUAUUGGCUGUUUGACUGUAAUGUAACGACGCUUAGCAUAGCCUAGCUUGUCUCGACAAAUUCCUUCAGGCAAAACGACCAGCUGUUAUUAGCCGGGGUCUUUGCUAAAUGAGCGUCUGUCAGCGCGAAAAGCGACUUUAUUUCGGAAGAUUAAAGUGGAUUUUGAAGUUAAAGUCGUCUUUGUGGUGUAGAGCUUACAGUUGAGCUUGAUGACCGAGUUUACUGUAUCACCUCGGGAGUCAAAGCUAGGCUAACCCCCCCCCCCCAGUCCUAGUCCUCUUCGGCCCUGCUUUUGUUUUGUUUUGUUUUGGUUUGUAGCCCUCUUCGAGAUGUCAUCGUGGCUGGGUGGAAUCGGCUCCGGCCUCGGUCAGUCUCUGGGCCAGGUCGGUGGUAGCCUGUCCUCCUUCACCGGGCAGAUAUCAAACUUUACCAAAGACAUGUUACUGGAAGGGGUGGAAGAAGUAGGAGAUGCCGCCACAGAACUGCAGGUGUCCAAUUCCAAGUUGGCUGACAUAGAGACUGCAUUUAACACUCAGAAAUCUGAGUAUGACAGAUUAAGAAAGCUCUAUGCAGAGCUCGAGGAGAAGCUGGAAGCAUCAGAGAUCCAGAUUAAAGGACAGUCUGCGGAGUACAGAAGCCUUCUGCAACAGAAAGAUGUGGAGAUCAGUCACCUGAAAGUUCGGCAGACAGGACUCCAGGAAGAAGUCCGGACGCUGCAGCAGUCGGCUCAGUCCGCCUCUGGCGGCCCCGCCAUGCUGCCUGUCACCACUUCUUCCUCAACCACUACCUCCUCCUCUGCUUCCUCUUACCUGUCGCGGCCCUCAGGGGCCCACCAGGGCUUCCACGGCGACGAAAUGGACCUCAGCGACGUUAUCUGGUCGCAGCAGGAGAUCAACAGGCUGUCGACAGAAGUCGUGCGUCUGGAGGCAGAGGUGGCACACUGGAGGCGAAUGUCUCAGGCAUCAUCAGCGGCAGGAGCCGGUAACGGCGACCAGGCAGAGAUUCUCAAACUUCAAAGAACUAUUAAGGAGCUGCGAGAGGAGAUGAGCCGGGAGGUGGAUGAACACCAGCAUGAACUGGCAGCUCUGCAGGACGCCCAGCGACAGAAGAUGGCCGACAUCACACGCCGACAUAGAGAGGACUUAGCGGAGUACGAGGAGAGGAUAGAAGAGCUGGAGGACCAGAUUCAGAGUGGUGGUAGUCAAACCUCUUCCCCAUCAGAUGCCUCCAAGCUGUCCGAAUUCCAGAAAACCAUAAGCUCCCUGCAGGAAGCAGCAGAUCAGCGGGAGAAGCAGCUGGCCGAGCUGUCUGCCAGUCUGGAGGAGGCGCAGUCGAAAAAGGCGUCCCUGCAGCUGGAGAAAGAUGAGGCCCAGGAAGAAAACACGGGGCUGCUGCAGAACUACACGCGUCUGCAGGCCUCUGUCACCGAGCUUCAGACACGAGUACAGGAGCAGGAGGGGAAGUCUCUGCAAAAAGCCCAGCUAGACCACGAGAUCCAAAUGUUGAGAAAGAAUCUUGCAGCUGCAGAAAAAGAAAUAGAGGGACUGAAAAGCCUGGCUGAGGCAGAACCAAAGGAAGAAGUUGAGCAUGCGGACAUCUUAGAACUGAACACCAUUAUUGCGACGUUGAGAGAAGAAAAGGAAAGUCUAGAACAAGAAAAGCUUGAUCUGCAAGAUAGACUAGAAAUGGCAGAGAACCAAAUAGUUAGCACUAAUGAAGCUGAGUCUGGUGACUCGGAGUCCCUGGAGGAUCUGAAGGCAGAGCUGGAGAGAAAGGAAAAGGCCCUGAGAAACACUGAGGAGGAACGGGACACUCUGAUGUCUGAGCUGGAGGAACUAGACCGGCAAAACCAGGAAGCAACACAGCACAUGAUCUCGGUGAAGGAGCAGCUCUCUGGACAGCUGAAGGAGGCCGAGGCACAACUGACGGAACUGACUGCAGAGCUGAACACAACCAAAGACCAGAAGAGGGCACUGGAGCAAGAGCUGGACACCCAAAAAGAGAAAACCAGCCAGAGUGCUUUCACCCUCAACGACCUGCACAUGGGCAAACAGGAGUUGGAACGGACCGUGAAGGAGCUGAAAGACAAACUGGGACGUGCACAGGAGCAGAGCAGGGGAGCACAACGAGAAAUCGCAGAGCUGAGGAAGACUGUUCAGGAGCGAGAGGAGCAAUCUUCUGUUGCCAAAGCAGAACUGGAUCAGUCAGGGGAGAGAGGAAUGGAGGCACAGGGAACUAAAGAGAAGCUAGCAGGGAAGGAGAGGGAGUUGUCAGACCUCAGGAGAGAAUUGGAUGAGAUGAGGCUCUCUCAGGAGAAGGCGAUGUCUGAGGACUAUGAGUUGAAGAUGGAGAUAAGGAGGUUGAAGGCGGAGAGGGAGCAGGCUCUGGGUAGAGCUGAGGAAGUAACCAAGCAGAUGAAGGAGAGCCAGGCAGCUCUGAACAGGACCGUGCGGGAGAAGGACACUCGUAUUGAAGCUCUAAAGCUGGAGAAAACUCAGCUAGACGUGGAAUUGGGUCAGACUGAAAGGACGCUAACGGAGCAGGCAAGACAGUACCAGCAGACCAUCGAGGAGUUGACCCGAGCCCGCUCCAUGGAUGCCUCUGCUUUACAGACGGAGCACGAGCGAGCCAUCAAACUCAACCAGGAGAAAGACAUGGAGAUAGCUCAGCUGAAGAGAGACAUGGAGCAAGUGGCGUCCGACCACAGAGACACCAACGAGAUGCUUUCGAUCACGGUUUCAGGGCAGAAGCAGCUGACCGAUUUGCUGCAGGAGAAGGAUGUCUUCAUGGACACUUUGAAACAAAAUGCUUCAGAUUUGCAGCAGGAGAUGGAGAACCGUAUUUUAGUCUUGACAAAGGAAGCGGAUGCAUUCAAACUGUUCCUGGAGGAGAAGGAUAGACAGUUGGGCGGUAUGAAGGAGGAGAACAGUCAUUUGAAAGAAGAGAUCGACCGGCUCAGGGAUCAGCAGAGCAGGCCUCAACCUCUGACUGAGCCCCGGACCUUAGACAUCAUCACGGAGCUAGAGACAGAGAUCACACAGCUCAAGUCCUCCAGGAAUGGUCUGGAAGAGGAGGUCCAGACUCUGAGAAGAACCACGGAGGAGCUCCAGGCCUCUCUCCUUCUGUCGCAGCAGUCCCUACAGGCUCAGCAGACUGAGCUGGAGCAGGCUCACGCUCGCCAUCAGCAGGUUACACUUAACUACGACAGACUCAUCCACGCCAGAGACGAAGAGAUAUCCUGCCUGCAGCACACGGUCGAUCAGCUUAGCGAGAGUGGCGUUCGUGCGGACUUCCCCCCGGUGCAGGGAGAGGUCAUCCUGCAGGAGGAGAAGACCCAGACUCUGAAUCAGGACAACGGCAACGAGAAACACGACCUGUCUAAGGGCGAAAUAGAAAAGCUGGUGCGAGGCAUCAAGGAGAAAGAGACCGAGAUCAGCCAGCUGAACGAGAAGAACCUCUCGCUGACCAGACAGCUGGAUCAGCUGGCGGUGUCUCGCGACGAAGUGGGCAAACUGUCCCAGAUGGUCCUGCAGAAGGAUCUGGAGAUCCAGGCGCUCCACGCCCGAGCGUCCAUGGCCGGAGGGGGCGGGCACAGCCAGGACAUCAUGUUCCUACAGCAGCAGCUGCAGGCGUACGCCGUGGAGAGAGAGCAAGUGCUCGCCGUGCUCAACGAGAAGACCAGAGAGAACAGCCAGCUGCGCUCGGACUACCACCGCCUCAUGGACAUCAUGGCGGGGAAGGAGGCGGCGCUGUCGAAGCUUCAGCAGGAGAACCAACGCCUCUCCAACAUGAGCGAUCCCUCGGGAAGCCAAGAGAUGUUCAAGGAGACCAUCCAGAACCUGUCGCGCAUCAUCAGGGAGAAGGACAUCGAGAUUGACGCCUUGACCCAGAAGUGCCAGACCCUGGUGACCGUCCUGCAGUCCUCGGCAGGGGACUCCAGCGCCGGCUCCGGAGGCGUCAGCAGCAACCAGUUUGAGGAGCUGCUGCAGGAGAGGGACACACUGAAGCAGCAGGUGAAGAAGAUGGAGGAGUGGAAGCAGCAGGUGAUCACCACGGUCAAGAACAUGCAGCACGAGUCGGCCCAGCUGCAGGAGGAGCUGAUCAAGCUGCAGGGUCAGGUCUCGGCCGACAGCGACUGCAGCUCCAAGCUGUCGGUGGACUACGCUGGACUGAUCCAGAGCUACGAGCAGAAGGAAAGGAGGCUGGGAAGUCUGAGUCAGGAACUGGCUCAGGUCCAGCAGACCAUCACCCAGCUCAGCACCACCAAGGACGUCCUGCUGGGUAAACUGGACAGCGUAGCCGUUGUGUCUGGACCGACUCCUGAAGUCGUAGCUGCUCAGUCCAGCGGCCCUUCUCUCACGGCCGACGCGCCAGGCCGCCAGGCGCCUCCAACAGCAAAGAACGAGAAACCGCAAGAAGAAGUUCUACGGUUGCGAAUUCAGUUGGCUGAGAGGGAGAACGUAAUUCGGACACUUCAGGAGAACAACCAGCGGCUCUCCAACUCGGCGUCUGCCACAGAGAGCGAGCAGAGAAGUCAGGCCGAGGAGGUCCGGCUGGCCAAAGAGCGGCUGGAAGCCAUGCAGAGGUCUGUGAGGGAGAAAGACCUGCUCAUCAAAACCAAAGGCGACCAGCUGAGUCACGUCAGCGAGGCACUACGCAACCGCGAGAACGACAACGAGGUGCUGAAGCAGGCCGUGACCAAUCUGAAAGAGCGGGCUCUUAUUCUAGAAAUGGACGUGAGGAAGCUGAAGGAGGAGAACGAGCUGGUAGCCACACGCUCUCGAGAGAAAGAGUCCGAGUUCAGAGCGCUGCAGGAAACCAACAUGCAGGUUUCCCUCCUGCUGAGAGAAAAGGAGUUUGAACUGAGUGCAGUGAGCGAGAAGUCAGCAACUGUGGAGAGGAUGCUAAAGGACAAAGAGCAGGGUAAGUCUGGCGAGCUGAAUCAACUCCUGAAUGAACUCAAGUCCAUGCAGGAGAAGGCUGUGGCGUUCCAGCAGGAGAGAGAUCAGGUGAUGAUGGCACUCAAGCAAAAACAAAUGGAGACCACUGCGAUACAAACUGAGCUUCAGCAUGUGAGAGACAAAGAACAGCGUCUCAACUUGGAGCUGGAAAGGUUGCGUAAUCACCUCUUGGAGAUUGAGGACUCGUACACGAGAGAAGCCCUCGGCGCAGAGGACAGGGAGACUGAACUACGCAGGAGGGUGGCACUGCUGGACGAGAAACUGGCCACGUCCUCGAGUGCUGUGGAGAAUGCCAGCCAACAGGCCAGCAUGCAGGUGGAGUCUCUGCAGGAGCAGCUGAGUGGAGUGGUGAAGCAGAGGGAUGAAGCCCUCAUCCAUCUCAGGACCUCCCAGGAGCAGGUCAACCAGUAUGCAGUGUCACUCUCCAACCUGCAGAUGGUGCUAGAGCAGUUUCAGCAAGAAGAGAAAGCCAUGUACUCGGCAGAGCUUGAUAGGCACAAGAAGGAGAAGGACGAGUGGAAAAGAAAAGCUCAGAGGCUGGAAGAUCAAGCAUCGGCCCUUCAGAUUAACCUCGAUGAAGCCAACGCUGCUCUGGAGUCAGCGUCGCGCCUCACCGAUCAGCUCGAUCUAAACGAGGAGCAAAUUGAAGAGCUGAAAAAACAAGUGGAAGUGAGACAGGAGAUGUUGGAGGAGGCGCAGAGGAAACUGAUGAACCUUCUAAACAGCACAGAGGGGAAGAUAGACAAAGUCCUGAUGCGUAACCUGUUCUUGGGAUACUUCCACACACCUAAAACCAAGCGUGCCGAUGUGCUGAGGCUCAUGGGAAGUGUACUGGGACUGAGCAGAGAAGAUGUUGAUAAGAUGUUAGAGGAGGACGGACGGCACGGUGUUACUGGAUGGAUGUCGAACUGGCUGGGAGGCAGAGGAGCACAAAGUGUCCCAAACACCCCCCCGAGGCCCACCAAUUCGCAAGGGCUCAACACGUCGUUCUCAGAGAUGUUUGUAAAGUUCCUGGAGAUUGAGUCGACCCCUUCGAUGCCCGCACCAAAGCUUCCGUUCCAGGACUUCAAGCCUCUAAACGCCCCACCUCAGGGAAGAGCCAGCGGUGCUGCUCCCAGCGGUGCUGCAGGAGGCGGAGCACUCAGCAAGCGGCCCGGCGAGUCCAAUCCUUUCCUGGCCCCGCGCUCUGCUGCCGUGCCCCUGCUGGCCGGUUCCAGCUCUGGCGGCUCAGGAGGUCACCUGCUCAUGAAGCCCAUCUCUGACAACCUGCCCACCUUCACCCCUGUGCCCGUCUCAGCUGAAGCCAGCGGUGGAGCUGUGCUCAAAGACCUGUUAAAGCAGUGACCGGUCCCGUAACCGGUGCCGGAGAUCUUAAUUCAUCCAACACGACUUUUACACUACACAGACAGAGAGAUAUUUGAGCAGUUCUGCUACUUAUUGCUGCUCUUUUUUUUCUUUCUUUUUUUUUUAAUAAAAAUGAUCAGAGAAAUCA